ACACCCCACUUGGUGGACAUCUACCUCUUUUUGAAUUUUAGCCAGCUGGUCAACAUGUUGCUUCGGACUCCUGCUUUGCUCCUCCUCUGUGUGUCCAUGGGCAUGAGUGCCACUUUGGGUUACUACCAAACUGAAGCCACUGAAGAGGGGGAAGCUGCUGCUUUAAACACCCAAGCUGCUCCUCUAGAUUCUGCUUUGAGUGAUAAAAUAUCAGCAUAUGAUCAGGGAGCUGACCUACCUGAAGUGGACCAAGCCAAAGGGUCAGACACAGACAGGGAUACUCCUGAUGGAGACUCUGCUACUAUUGAAGCUCUUGAAAAGAAAGCUGUUGCCAAGGAGCAGCUUCCAUCUGAAGAGGAGGCUAAUGAGAUCCGGCCCGUCCAGACAAACAAGGCUUUAAAUAAACCCCUGGAACAAGAUGAUGCAAGCAGCUGGAGCCUCAACUCCAUAAGAGAUAGCUUCCAAACUGUGCACGGAUACUUUGACUCCCUGGUUGAGCUGGUCGGGGGACACAAUGGUGUCUGUGAAUACCGCUGUAGAUAUGGAGAACUGCCACUUCCUCGGCCUGGCUACAAGCACCAAGAACCCAAUGGCUGCAGCUCUUCGCUGGUGGGAUUGCAGGUGAAUGCUGCUCUUGAUGUGGGAAUCCCUGCAAUGACAAAGUGCUGUAACCAGCUGGAUAUGUGCUACGACACCUGCGGUGUGAACAAGUACGACUGUGAUGCCAAGUUUCGCUCAUGCCUUCAUGGCUUCUGCUCUGACCUGAAGAAGAGUCUGGGCUUUGUUUCCAAAGUACAAGCUUGUGAAUCUAUGGCAGAUGCCCUCUACAACACAGUGUGGACUCUGGGCUGCAGGCCUUACAUGAACAGCCAGAGGGCAUCAUGUGUCUGCGAGGGAGAGGAGAGGGAUGAACUGUGACAGACAGAACACUGUAUUUCUCAAAAAUAACAGAGUAAUGGAUGUUUCUGCAUAUUACCAUUCCUUUCAUAUGACCACUCAGGAAAUGUUCAGAGUAUCUGAAGUGGGAUUCGGUCAAAAGGCUUUAAGAAGUAAACUUUUGGUGACUUUACUAGACAUGAAUCCAGAUUAGUUGGUUCCAGAGACUGAAGCGUGCAUUUAGCCCAAAAAUAGCUGAGCCAAGACAGAAUCCCUCUCCUUUAUAUCAAACCCAGUCUCUAAAAUAGCCAAGUUAAUUACGCUAAGAUUAUUUGGACAAAAAAUGUAAGUUUUUGUUGAGUUUUAUUUAAGUAAACUGCAGCAAAGAUAUUAUUGACAGCAGUUCUUAUUCCUUUAAUGGAGAGGUGUCAUAGGGCAUUCAUUCUAAGUGCUACAGUAUGGAAUCCGGUACCAUUAGCAGAUUAUUGCAAACAGUUUCAACUAAAAAUGUUCAUACAUAUUGUAUUAGCAGAGAUUAACUGUUUAAACUUUCACAAGGAGCUGCUGUUAAAACUAUCAUAGUUAUUUAGGGUUAAUCUCUUUAUCAUCAACCAAGGAAAGAUCACUACAUGCAAAAAGCCCUAUGAAGUAGACUGGGGAAAAUGUUGUAAACAGUUCAUACUGUUAUAUCAAAAAAGGAAUCUUGACAUUCAAUAUAAACCAUUAGUUAAGGUAAUAUCAGAACACUGACAAAAGGCCAACUACAGACAGAUUCAAGCAGUAAUUUUCAUUCUUUAUUUUAGGUUUAAUCUGUUAAAUCUUGAUAGCUCAGCAAAUGGCAAGAAUCAGUUGUUACACCCCACAACCAUUCAAUCAUUAGGGGGGAAGAGUGCA